CCCACACACGCAGACACACACUGUUUUCUCUCUCUCUCUGCUCUUCUUCCUUUUUCUCUGCUCUCUCUUUCUCUCUCAAGAGAAAAACUCUGAACUCUGACAGGAAAAAACACCUGACCCGUGAAAGCAGUUACCUAAAAACAUUGUACAAAACACACACACAGUCACACACCCCAUUUCUUCCUUUCCUCACUCAAUACUCACUCCUUUAGCCACAACAUUCAUUCCUUCUUCUUCCUUGUUUCUGCAUUUGAACCCCCUUUUUUGGGUUAUUUAGAUUAGUCUUUUCUCUUUAUACAUUUGGCCCUUUUUCUUUCUUUGGUAUAGUUAACCUGUACCGGCAAAAUCUGGGUUUUUCCUGAUACUCUCAAAUGGGGCGUUUUUUUAAUGGGGUUUUCAAAGGGUUAAGAUUCUGAAAAACGGAAUCUUUUCUGCCAAAAAUAUAUUGAGAAAGUUGGGUUUUUGUUUUUUUUCCCCUCUUUUGCCUCCUCGAUUCUUGGAUUCUUGGAAGGAAAAAUGGGUUCUUGGUUAUAGUUCGUUUGAUAUCCUCUGUUUCGGGGAAGAAAAGGUUUUUAUGGGUUGCUGCUGAUUCUGGCAGCUCAAAGAUGGAAAUUCUUACUCUGCUUACUGCUGUGAUGUUUGGGUUGCUGUCAAGUUCCCAACUUGUUGCAACUGGUCCAGUUUCUGAUGAUGAUCGGACCAUAUUGUUAGAAAUUGGGAAAGAGCUCAGUUUGUCAUUUUGGAGCUCUAGCAAUUCUUCAAAUUACUGUUCUUGGACGGGCAUUGUUUGCAGCAACGAUUCAUUGGUGGUGGAGAGGCUUGAUCUUUCUGGCCAUGGCUUACAAGGUAAUGUGACUCUUAUCUCAGAGCUUAGAAGAUUGAAGUCGCUUGACCUCUCUUACAAUAAUUUUCAUGGAUCAAUUCCACAAUCAUUUGGCAAUUUGUCUGAGUUGGAGGUUCUUGAUUUAUCGUUUAACAAGUUUGAAAGCUCAAUUCCUGUGGAAUUGGGGAGGCUCAAGAAUCUUAGGUCGUUGAAUCUCUCUAACAAUUAUCUAUCAGGAGAAAUCCCUGAUGAGCUUGGGGAGCUUGAGAAUUUGCAGGAGUUUCAGAUGUAUACAAAUAGAGUGAAUGGUUCCAUACCACUCUGGGUGGGGAACUUAACCAAUUUAAGAAUAUUUACUGCCUAUGAAAAUGAAUUAGGUGGUCACAUUCCUGAUAAUUUGGGCUCAAAUUCUGAGCUUCAGCUGUUGAAUCUUCAUUCUAACCAGCUUGAAGGGCUUAUUCCUGACAGCAUUUUUUCUAUGGAGAAGCUAAACAUUUUGGUCUUGACACAGAAUUUUCUUACUGGCACUAUUCCCACUUCAUUGGGGAAUUGCAAAGGUCUUUCAAGUAUUAGAAUCGGGAAUAACAAGCUGUUUGGAAACAUUCCCAAAGAAAUCGGGAACAUUACGAGCCUUACAUAUUUUGAAGCAGAUAACAAUAAUCUUUCUGGAGAGAUUGUUUCUGAAUUUGCUCAGUGCUUCAAUCUUACCCUUCUUAAUUUGGCCUCAAAUGGCUUUAGUGGAACCAUUCCUCCAGGAUUUGGCCAACUUAACAAUUUGCAGGAGUUGAUUCUUUCUGCAAAUAGUCUAUUUGGCGAGAUCCCAAUACCUGUUCUAAGCUGCAAGAAUCUAAACAAGCUGGACUUGAGCAAUAACAGACUGAAUGGUUCGAUUCCGCCAGAGAUUUGCAGCAAUUCCAGGUUGCAGUAUUUGCUGCUGAAUCAGAACUUUUUAAGAGGUGAAAUACCUCAUGAAAUCGGCAAUUGUGUGAAACUGCUGGAAUUACAAUUGGGAAGUAACUAUCUGACUGGUAGCAUUCCUCCUGAAAUUGGUCGUAUGAGAAACUUGCAGAUAGCCUUAAAUUUGAGCUCCAAUCACCUCCGUGGGCAGCUGCCACAAGACUUAGGACGACUUGACAAGCUGGUUGCUCUGGAUUUUUCUAAUAAUCAGCUCACUGGGAACAUCCCACCUGCACUGAGGGGAAUGCUAAGUUUGAUAGAGGUUAAUUUUUCCAAUAAUCAAUUAUCUGGUCUGAUACCAACCUUUGUGCCAUUCCAAAAGAGCUCAAACUCAAGCUUUUUGGGUAACAAGGGUCUUUGUGGAGAGCCUUUGAGUUCUUCAUGUGGAAAUAUAAAUGGUUCUGGCCAAUUCAGCUACCAUCAUAAGGUUUCUUACAGGAUCAUAUUGGCUGUUAUUGGUUCUUGUGUGGCUGUUUUUGUAUCUGUGACCGUUGUUGUAUUGUUGUUUAUGCUGAGGGAGAGGCAGGAGAAGGCCGCUGAGAGUGCUGGAGCUGCUGCUGAAGAAACUAUUGGCAAACCAGUCAUAUUAGCAGGCAAUGUAUUCAUUGAAAAUCUCAGGCAAGCAAUAGAUUUUGAUGCAGCAGUAAAGGCAACCAUGAAAGAUUCAAAUAAAAUUAAUGUUGGGACUUUUAGUACUGUGUACAGAGCAGACAUGCCGUCUGGAAUGAUUGUGUCCGUUAAGAAGCUGAGGUCAAUGGAUCGAACACUAAUUCAUCACCAGAGCAAAAUGAUAAGAGAGCUUGAAAGGUUGAGCAAACUCACUCACACCAAUCUGGUAAGGCCUAUGGGGUUUAUAAUCUAUGAAGAUGUAGCCCUCUUGCUUCAUCAAUACUUUCCAAAUGGGACAUUAGCCGAGUAUCUCCACGUGUCUAGCAAGAAACACGAUCAUAAGCCGGACUGGCCAACAAGACUCUCUAUUGCCAUUGGAGUUGCUGAAGGGUUAGCUUUUCUGCAUCAUGUUGCCAUUAUUCACCUUGACAUUUCCUCGGGUAAUGUACUUUUGGAUUCAAAUUUCAAUGCUCUGGUUGGUGAAGUGGAAAUAUCGAAGCUCUUAGACCCAUCAAGAGGGACAGCUAGUAUCAGUGCUGUUGCUGGCUCAUUUGGAUAUAUUCCUCCAGAAUAUGCAUACACAAUGCAAGUUACUGCACCCGGAAAUGUUUAUAGUUAUGGGGUUGUUUUGCUUGAAAUCCUUACAACCCGAUUGCCAGUAGAAGAAGAAUUUGGUGAAGGUGUAGAUUUGGUCAAGUGGGUUCAUUCAGCACCAGCAAGAGGUGAAACACCGGAGCAGAUACUUGACGCGAAGCUUAGCACCGUCUCAUUUGGUUGGAGGAAAGACAUGCUAGCAGCAUUAAAAGUUGCUUUGGCCUGCACAGACAGCACACCUGCAAAACGACCAAAAAUGAAGAAGGUCGUUGAAAUGCUUAGAGAAAUAACAAAAUGACUGCUCUUCAUUUGGCUGAAUCAAUUGCGGUUCAGUUUAAAAAAUCAUCUCUUGACGAUAUAGUCCAGCACUCAAUUAGUGGAGACACCACCAACACUCUGCCAUGAAACUUUACACCAUUGGACACGAUUCCUGUUUUCCCUCUCAAAGAGCUUCAGAUGAACUUCAGCUCAUAAUCUUCUCCGACUGAUAAAAACAUCAGAAGAGUCUGAUGGAGGAUGAAACAAAAGUGACCCCGUUAGAUUUGUGUCGAUAUUAAUAGUAAUAUUAGGUAUUCAAUCACAUGAUUGAAAUUUUUGUUCAGAAAUGCUGAAGCUUUUGUUGUUCUUAGUCAUAGAGUGAUGGAGGAGAUGAACGCUCUUUGUUUCUGUCAAUCAAGCUGUAUGUUUGCAUAUAAUAAUAGCAUCUAUUAAUCAUUCUUGUCUUACUAUUACUGCUAAUAUGAAUUUGGAGCUUCCAAAUUCCAGCUACUCUUGUGUAAUUGUAUCUCUGAUGUAAAUUUUGAUAUAUAUAGCAGUCCUAUUUUCAUC